CUUCCGUGUGCCCCGGGAGGGCUCCGGACCGCGAGCUACCGCCGAGAGGCUGCCGACAAAAACCCUUGACCACCAAGGCCAGCCUCUUCCUGAAAGACCCGCUCGCUCCGAUACAGGAAGUAGACGGGAGCGAGCGCCCCGGAGCGCGGCGGCGGCGGCGGCUCCCCACUCGGCGCGCGGCGGCGGCGGCGCCCGCCCUGGCCCUUCCCGAGGGCCAGCGCCAGGGGCAUGCGGGCGCCCGGGGCAUCGCGGCCCGCGCCGCCCGGCGCCUGAGCCCCUCGGUUCACCACCCGCGAGCGGCCAGCGGCAUGAUCCGACGGGCCGGGGCGCCCGCGCGCGAGGACCCCGCGGGUCCGAUUCCAGACAUUGACAAAAGAGAGGGAGAGGACGAGGAGGAGGAAGAUGGCCUGGCGCCUUGUCUGCCGGGCUCCCCGAAGAACUGCCUUUCUCGGCGGGGCAUCAGUGUCCUGGAGAAGCUCGUCAAAACGUGCCCGGUGUGGCUGCAGCUGGGCCUGGGCCAGGUGGAGGCGGCCAGGAUCCUGCACCGGGAGGCGGCCGGGACGUUCCUGGUCCGCCGGGAGAGCAGCUUGAAGCACCUGGUCCUCUGUGUCCACUUCCCUUCCCUGAAGGAGAGCUUGUCCGAGGUGCUCGAAUACACCAUCAAAGAAGAAAAAUCGAUAUUGUACCUGGAAGGCUCUGUUCUUGUGUUUGAGGACAUCUUCAGACUGAUCGCGUUCUACUGUGUCAGUAGAGAUUUACUGCCCUUCACGUUGAGGCUGCCACAGGCCAUCCUUGAGGCCAGCAGCUUUGCAGACCUCAAGACCAUCUCCAACCUGGGCCUCGGCUUCUGGGACUCCUCACUGAACCCCCAGCGAACAGGUGGGAGCGCAGCGGAGCCCCCAAGAGAUGCAGCCCCCGGAGCACCCCCAGCCUCCAGCCUCAGGUCCGCUCCCCAUGACGAAAACUGCUCCUGUGAAAUUGAGCUCUCCGUAGGAAGUGACCGCCUGUGGUUUGUGAAUCCCGUUUUCAUCGAGGACUGCGGCAGUGCCCUGCCUGCCGACCUGCCACCCCCUGGAAGCUGCCCCUCGCGCCCGCUGCCUCCCACCUCAGACGCUACCUCACCCACCUCCAGGUGGGCCCCUCGACGCCCAGCGCCCCCUCCCCCAGCGCCCACUCUGCAUCCCCCCAGCCCGGCCCGGCCACCUCCGCCCCCUGCUGCGGCUCCGGCCUGUCCUUUGCCCAGUUCUCCCCCAGUGGCUGCUUCCACGCCUCCAGAGGGCCUUCCUCCUGCAGCCCCAGCAUCUGCCCCUCAGCUGGCACCCCAUGCCCCAGGUCCCCCAGACCAUCCAAGCCAGCCACCCAUGACGGCCUGCGAGAGGCUCCCAUGCCCCCCAACAGACCUGGGUCCCCUCGGGGAGGAAGAGAUGAAGCCGAAGGCAACACCCAGCCCCGUGCAGCAGGCCCCCGCCCCUCCAGGACCAGGGAAGAAGGGCCUCCCCGCCGCUCCUCCCAGGCGGCGACUCUCCGAGAAGGCGUCCCUGGAGGACCAGAGUGCAGGGAAGGUGGUGGACAGGGGCACGAAGGCAGAGGGGGACCAGCUGGGGCUUUCCAGGGCAUCCCUGCUCAGCCUGCCUCCCCAGGAGAACUCAGACAGUGCUGGGGACAGGCUUCAGAGGACCGCAGAGCGAGGCCAGGAAGCGGUGGCCAAAGACAGUGAUCUGGGCAGCCUGCCAGAGUUACCAAAGAAGAUCCGGCAGCCCCCAGUCCCGCCUCCCAGGAAGAAACGGAUCUCCCGGCAGCUGGCCUCGGUCCUCCCAAGCCCCUUGGAGAUCACGGAGCUCUCCGCAGAGGAGGUAGCCCCUGAGAAACCCACCCCUGGCCCACCCGGGGAAGGCCAAAGCCCUGUCUCCCAAGCCAGGACUCAGAGCCCACAUGCCAAGGCCGGCGACCAACCCCAGAGCGCUCCAGAGUUCAAGGGCUCCCUGGCUUCCCUCACGGACAGUGGGGGAGUACCCGCCUGCGCCACAGAUCAAGACUCCUACUCGACUAGCAGCACGGAGGAAGAGCUGGAGCAGUUCAGUAGCCCCUGUGUGAAGAAGAAACCCUCCAUGAUCCUGGGCAAGGCACGGCACCGCCUGAGCCUCGUGAGCUUCACCAGCGUCUUCCAGGCCUUCCUCUCCAAUGACCGCAAGCUGUACAAGCGGGUGGUGGAGCUGGCCCAGGACAAGACCUCGUACUUCGGCAACCUGGUGCAGGACUACAAAGUGUACAGCCUGGAGAUGAUGGCGCGCCAGACCUCCAGCACCGAGAUGCUGCAGGAGAUCCGCACCAUGAUGACCCAGCUCAAGAGCUACCUGCUGCAGAGCACCGAGCUCAAGGCGCUGGUGGAGCCUGCCCUGCACUCCCAGGAGGGACUGGAAGCGAUUGUGGAGUCCGCCUUGUACAAGUGUGUGCUGAAGCCCCUGAAAGAAGCUAUCAACGCGUGCCUAUAUGAGAUCCACAGCAAGGACGGCUCGCUGCAGCAGCUCAAGGAGAACCAGCUGGUGAUCCUGGCCACCACCACCACCGACCUGGGCAUCACCACCAGCGUGCCGGAGGUGCCCAUCAUGGAGAAGAUCCUGCAGAAGUUUGCCAGCAUGCACAAGGCCUACUCGCCUGAGAAGAAGAUCUCCAUCCUGCUCAAGACCUGUAAGCUCAUCUAUGACUCCAUGGCCCUUGGCAACCCAGGGAAAUCCUAUGGGGCCGACGACUUCCUGCCCGUGCUUAUGUAUGUGCUCGCCCGCAGCAACCUCACGGAGAUGCUCCUCAACGUGGAAUACAUGAUGGAACUCAUGGACCCCGCCCUGCAGCUGGGGGAGGGUUCCUACUAUCUGACCACCACCUAUGGGGCCCUGGAGCAUAUCAAGAACUACGACAAGAUCACGGUGACCCGGCAACUGAGCAUGGAGGUGCAGGACUCCAUCCACCGCUGGGAGCGCAGGCGCACGCUCAACAAGGCCCGGGCCUCCCGCUCCUCCGUGCAGGACUUCAUCUGCGUGUCAUACCUGGAGCCUGAGCAUCAGUCACGGACGCUGGCGUCGCGGGCGGACACACUGGCUGAGGCGCUGUGCAUACAGUGCGCGGAGAAGUUUGAAGUGGUGCAGCCCCAGGACCACAGGCUCUUCGUGCUGGUCGACGGGCGCUGCUUCCAGCUCGCAGACGAGGCGCUGCCGCACCACAUCAAGGGCUAUCUGCUGCGGAGCGAGCCCAAGCGCGACUUCCACUUCGUGUACCGGCCGCUGGAUGCCGGCCUGGGCAGCGGAGACCCGCCCUGCCUCGUGGUGCGGGAGCCCAACUUCCUGUGAGGCCAGGGCCACUGCAGCCUCCUUGAUGGCGGUAUUUACCAAGACUGUCUGGGCUCAGACUCGAUCACCACCCCACACACACACUCAGCGGCACCCCUCGUACAUGCAGGAGCCCCCCCAUCUGACCACACAUACACUCCCAACAUGAAUGCUCGUGUGUCACACAUGCUUGCAAACCACUGAGCAUGCCUAGGCCAACAUGGCAGAACAGUUGUGAAAAUGACAUGAAGCAGUGGCUAAGCGUGCUUCCUGAAGGAAAGUCAUAGCACUGAGAGGCCAAUUUAUUUGUUAGAAAGGGCAACUGAGGCUCAGAGAGAGAAGGGACUCUUACCAGCUGCAGCAAAAGAGCCCAAGCCUGGCGCCUAUUCACACGCAGCCCCUCAGGCCAGUCCCUCUGUACACACACACACACACACACACACACACACACACACACACACAGUCCUCAGUAUUUUCUGGGAAGGGCUUAGCUUCCCUAGGACUGUCCUCAGGAGGAGUGGCCUGGCCACGGCUGGCCCCACGUCCCCAGAUGGAGCUGGGAUGUUUUGCACAUACCCGGCAUCUCAGGAGCAUCUCUCAGGGUAUGUGAUGAAGAGACAGGCCCCGUCACCUGUGCACCAGAGCCUGCCCUCAGCUACCAGCACCCACAGUCCCCCCUACACACAGUUUCUGAACCCCUCCAGAAGCAGCCAGACAUACAUCAGGAUUGCCAAACGAGGCCAACUCCACGGCUCCAUGGACAAGCCCAGCCUCAGCCACACGAGCACACUGACAGGGCCCUUUCCCUGGCGGACACACCCCAGGGCUGUGGCUGUUGUGGCAAAGGGCACCGUGUGGGGAGAAUUUAAUAAAAGCCCUUUUGAAAAUGGCAUCGCGUUUUCUCAAGGGGC